AUGAAAGAAGACAAUAUGCAGAAGAAUCCAUGGCUUCAGCCUCUGAGAUCCAGGAAGCUGAUAGACAGCCUCGUCGGCCAGGCUCGUCUUGUUGGUCUGGAUGAUGAGCUAAUCGGUACUUUCCGCAUCGACAAGAAGGAUCCGGGAAUCACAUGGAACCUUUCAUUUUUCCACGAUUACGAGUACCCGUUCAUCGAACUUGAAGCCCAAAUUCGAAAUGCUAAAGAAGAUGGUCAAUUCAACAGUCAUUGGCCGUCUCAAGAAGCAUCUUUCAAAAUCUACCGUGAUAACAUCAAAGGCUUCGAGGCUAAGAAAGUAAUUAUGGACAACAGCAGUGACAAGUACGAAAAUCGGGUCAAAAAGGAUGGAUCCAUGAACAAAGCAGAGUUUUCGGUCUUCCAGAAGUUCCAGAGGCUCCGGGGUCCGAUUGGGUGUGUUCAAAGGUCACCUGGAACAGGCAAGACGUACACACUGGAGAGACGUGUGUUGCCUUCCCUUCUCUAUUCCAAGAAGGAUGUGGACCCAGAUGAAAUUCCCGAGGAGCCUGAUCGCACUAAGAUCCCCGUUGCAAAGCGCACUCACCCUGCCCGGCAUCUAUCACUGAAUGAUAUCAUCGAGAGCCACUCAGAUGAGUUUAGCAGUGGGAAGCCUAAAGUCGUCCGGGUUUAUCUUAUUCAUGCAGAAAAGGAUUCAUACUGCAAACCUGAUGCAGAUCUCCAUUCCGUCGAUGAAGCGAUGGUGACCAAUGCAGAUGUCGAGCAAGCUGUGAAGACUGAGAUGGUCUACAAGUUGUUCAUGGAUUACUACACCGAGAACAAGCCUAGUCGUCAAGGAACUAGAAGCUCAGAUUCGCGCGUCACAUUGUACGAGUUGAGUCUUGGCCGUCAGAUCAUUGAGUUCGCUAAGAAUGACGCGCGGUGGCGCCCAUGGCUCAUGCAGCGCGAUCAAUUGGCGAAGGGAGACCUCGAUAGUCAGCAGAAGCCAGACUAUGUAGCGUAUGGAAAAAACAUACUACAACAAGUGCUUGCGGACGCAGACAUCGUUGUCUGUACGUUGUUCUCGGCAGGUCAGAACAUUAUCCGCGAAGUGAUCAGGCCUGACGCUAUUUUCGUUGACGAAGCCGCUAUGACGAAGGAAACCGACUUUUGGCCAUUGUACACGUACUACACAUCUGUUCCACUGUUGCUCUUCGGUGAUCAUCAUCAACUGCAGUCGAUGAUCAGGAGUAAACCGGAAGAAAAUCAGUUCUACAGGAAAAUGCGACUGUCGCCGUUCGCACGCUUCGUAUAUGCCGGCUUACUCGUGGAGGUUCUUCUUGAACAGCACCGCAUGGCGCCUGACAUCUCUGCUAUCCUUGUUUGCCGAACAGGGGAUGUCCCUCUGCCGAGCAUUGCUUCGAAAACCCUUGACCCGAAGGACAUCACAAUCUUGACUCCCUAUGAAGCUCAGUACCGCCUAUAUCAGCGGUUGUUGGUCCAGGCUCAUGUGCAAUCUCCACAGCUUGGAUUUAAUCACGUCGAUGUGCGCAAAGUCAAUUCGUUCCAGGGCCAGGAAAGCUCAGUAGUGAUCUUUGAUGUAGCGUUCACAGAUAAGCUCGGUUUCAUGUCCAUUCCGAACAGAUGGAAUGUGGCGCUCAGCCGAGCUCGGAACGCAUUGUACGUCCUCUGUGACCGUUCAGGCAUCGGCAAAAAGGGCAAACGUGUGUAUUGCAUCGCCGAGCUAAUCAGAAUCGUCGAUAAAAAGAAGCUGUGGGUCAAAUCGCAGCAGGAGCUAAUCAUCAAGGGGAAGCGCGGUGCUCAACUUGCAAAGGAACAAGAGGAAUGGAAAAAAAUUGCCGAAGCCGAUGCAAUGGUAUCCGCCUUUAAAGCGACGACAACAAGCGCCUUGGAGAAAUUCCUGUUCGGUUCAUCCAGGAAUGAUCUUCAUUAG